CAGUUCCACCCACUUGUGCCCAGCAGUGCGCCCACCUUUGCCCAGCAGUGCACCCACCUGUGCCCACCAGUGCCACCCAGCAGUGCCACACACCUGUGCCCAGCAGUGCCAUCUAGAAGUGCCACCCACCUGUGCCCACCAGUGCCACCCACCUGUGACCACCAGUGCCCAUCAGUGCAGCCCAGCAGUGCUGCCAUCAGUGCCACCUAUCCGUGCCACCUCAUUAGUGCCGCCUAUCAGUGCCGCCUAUCAGUGCCCUUCAGUGCUUCCUAUCAGUGCCCAUCAGUGCUGCCUCAUCAACGCACAUCAGUGAAGGAGAAAAAUUACCUGUUUGCAAAAUUUUAUAAUAGAAACAAAGAAACUUUUUUUUUUUAAUUCUUUGCAAUUUUUUGGUUUAUAG